UGGUCCCGUGAUUAAUAUUUACGGAAGUGCUGCGUCGGUGAACUGCGGUGACAACAGCCACUUAGUUUUUCUGGUGUUUCAUUCAAUGCAUUAAGACUUCACGUUGAGCUACGGUUGUUGUCAGUGUGUCUGCAUUUAUUUAGUUUUGUCUCUCUUCAUAUGAAGACGUUUUUGCUGGAAGCGCGUCCCGUCACCGCGCAGCAGGACCGGUUGCUAGCGUUCUGCUAGCGUUCUGCUAGCGAAGUUAGCCCUGUUCUACGGUUCCUUUUUGUGGACAUGCUCGUCCCGUUGCCAUCUUGGUUGUGUGUGAGGGCCCUCACAAGUGCCCGCAGCCCGUGUCUUCACGCCCCUGGACAGUCGGUACGAGCGUUGACUACGCCUAACCGCUAGCUUAACUAGCUAGCUGCUACACGUUGGCACCAUGGGAGCCGAACAGAGCGGGGACGCGGAGCACAAACACUCCGAUUACAGCUCGUCAGUUGUGCCAUCACCAGCAAAGCAGAAGGCGAAGAUGGAUGAUAUUGUAGUUGUGGCACAGGGAACUCAGUCAUUACGAAACAUCCACAAUGACCCAGAUGUCAUCAAGCUGCAAGAAAUACCCACUUUUCAGCCCCUUUUAAAAGGAGUCUUGAGUGGCCAGACGUCAUCUAGCACCGUGUGCCUGGAAAGGCUGGAUGCUGCUCAGGUUCUGCAGCUCUGCAUGCGAUACCAAGACCACCUCCAUCAGUGUGCAGAAGCAGUGGCCUUCGACCAGAACGCACUGGUCAAGAGGAUUAAAGAGAUGGACCUAUCAGUGGAAACCUUGUUCAGCAUAAUGCAGGAGCGCCAGAAACGUUAUGCAAAAUACGCCGAGCAGAUUCAGAAGGUCAACGAGAUGUCAAUGAUCCUGAGACGCAUCCAGAUGGGAAUCGACCAGACGGUGCCGUUAAUGGAGCGCCUCAACAACAUGCUGCCUGAGAGCGAGCGCCUGGAGCCCUUCAGCAUGAGGCCUGAUGGGGAUUCUGCCACAAAGUAGCUGCUUGAACGCCACGAGGAUGCCUUGUUACGCAAGGCUCCAUCCAGUCCCCAUGGCAAAAGCAAAACGCAGGUCUGUGCAGCUGUAGAGAUGCUACGUCCUGAAGCAUUUAACUAUUUUUUUUGAUACCAGGGCGAUCUGAGGGGUGGAUGUCUCCAGUCAACUCACUGUAAUGAUGACGUGUGAUCAUGUGACCUGUAAUGAGAAGCUGUUGUUCUUUUGGAGAAUGCUCAUCACUUAAGCAGCUGUGCUUAGCACAAAGCACUUCAGACUGCUCGGUCUACAUUAAACUGCCUGCAGGCUUCUUUUAGGGAGUCAGUUUUGCUUUUCCCAUGUCAGAACAGAGCAUGAGCUUUAAAAACAUUCUUGCCCAAAACGUGUUUCAUAAAUGAAUCCUAAAGCUUCUCUGCAAACUCAUCUACACGGCACCUUCAAAAUAUCAGAGCUGCUGCCGCUUGUUUUUGCAUCUUGCACUUAAGGCAAAUAUUUCAUUCAUCAUAUUCCCACGCCCUCUGCCUCGUACGUUUGAUCCCAAGCAGGAUUGACUGUUUUUCAUUUUAUGUUUAGUGUUGGUGUUCAUUGUCAUCAUAUCCCACAAAGAAACUCUGUGGAAACCAAAGAUGAGUUAUUGCCGUGGGAUUACACAAGGAAGAGACUUUCCUCCUUGAGCGUGGACUUAAUGUCCUUGUGAACUUUAAUGCACCAGUGUUACAGUAGCUUGGUACAACAGACGGACACAACAACAGGCAUUGCUUCCUCUGUGGUCACUGUCCAAACCUGGAUCUUAAGUCAUUGUACCGACGCCAGCAUUCGUUUUACAUGUGGUCUGUCACAACAAUAAGAAAAAAUAAUAGUAAAAACAUUCAAAUGGUCGCGGCAGAUGAUUUGUUCUGUUAUUAGUCUGAGGAUGGUUGUACCUGGCACAUGGUUUAUUAAUCACUAUACGUCACAGUCAGCAUUUUAUUAGGUGGUUCAAAGGUUAAAAGUAACAGUGAACCCUGAGUGUUUCACCGACGGCUGCUGUUACGUCCACUAGGUGGUGCUGCCACUGUCUGCUCAUAAAACCGGGAUCUACCCUCUUAUUUCUGUUACUAGUGCUUCUUAGAACAACAGGCUGAGCAGCUCACACAGGACAUUAACUGCACGCAGCAACAGCCCCAACGCUGGUUCUCUGUCAUUCAGCGUCCCAGCUUUGUGUGCUGCUGCUCUUUAGCUACUUGGUUAUGAUUGUGUUGAUCGUCAUCUUUCGUUGUGAAUAAAAUACACCUUUCUGUAACAUCACUGUGAUGCUUUAGCUCAGAUAUACGUCUACUUUUACAUUAUCCGUGACUGACCUCCAUUCUUACUGCAACGCUGAUUAGUGACAUGUAGCUGGGAACCUUGACUGACCCGAGGGCAGAGACCCAAAGGAUGGAGUCAUAGCAAACGGCCAUUCAUAUUCUACAUGUAUAUUAGUCUGUGUAGUUCCAAACCUCUACGCCGUUCACUUCAUUGACUGGCGUCGAGGUCAGGUUAAACCUGUCUCCAGCUGCAUCACAAUCCUGAUGCUUUCACUUUUACCCCCAACUCCACCUUAAAGGAUCCGACUGCUGCUUGUUUGAAUUACAGAAAUGACUUUGCUUCAUUGACAUAAGGGACAUAAGGCAAAGAUGAGUUUUCGUUUUAAUUUAAAGCUGAACUCUUGACAUGUUAUUGCCUUUCAUGUGUAAAUUAAAGUGCUUGGAAACGUCUUAAA